UUGCUCUCUCUGUCACACUCUGUAUCUAUAUUUAUACCUCAGUAUUGGGUUUAACAAGAGAAAGUGUUUGUAGUGAGAAAGCAAAGAAAAGAAAAUGGAACACAAAAACUAUGAAUCAUCAUCAAUUUCUUCAACCUCUAUGAGAGAUCAGUAUCUGAAACAACUCAACAAGCUUUCACAUAACAUUUCCAAACCCAACGUUAAGAAACCCACCUUCGAUUCUCUCCCCGAAUCUCAGCCACAGGUGUACAACAUCAGCAAGAACGAUUUCAGGGACAUGGUCCAAAAGCUCACUGGUUCGCCCGGUCACAGCCACCAACCCAAACCGCUUGCAACCUCUCGCCUCCACCGCCUCCGCCCGCCGCCGCUUCCGCAGGUUCUCAGCCACCGUCCGCCGCCUCACCCCGUCGCCGCCGCGCCUCCCUCACCUCUACCGCCGUUUCCCAGUGUCCACGCGGAGUCCCCUGUCUCGGCGUACAUGCAGUUUCUGCGGAACUCGAUGCCGUCGUCUUCUUCGCAGUCGGAGUUUCAGAUACCGGCUUCGCCGGUCAGUUUCGGACACUUGAAUUCGGUUUCCUUUGUUCCCCUGUCACCGACUAUGCCGGUUUCCAUCAGAGAUCCUUGAGACUUGUGUUUGUUGUGGUGAGUUACUGUAGUUUAAUAAAAUUUGUAGUUUCAGUUAGAUUUCUGAGAAGGAACCGUUGGACUUAAAAGUUGUAAUUUACUGGGGAAAGAGAUAAAUUGAGGAUUCAUUUUUAUAUUAAAGCAUGAUUUAGCUUAGAUUAAUGAGCUAAUCUUGCUUAAAAAGUUAUGAAGAUGACAAUUUAUAAAUAAAAUUUAGUCUUUUUAACUAUCAAAAUUAGGAUUAUUUUACCUAUCCAUCAAUACAUAUUAAUAUGACAUGAAAUGAUUGCUGUAUUACUUGAUUAAGA